CUUAUAUAGGAAAAAAAUCCAAAGCCUAAAGAGCUUAGCUAAAGCUCAAGCUUUUGGCGACGCCGCUCCAGCCUCUCCCGUUCGAUCCCUCGGGGAAAGAGAGAUCGAUCUUGAUCCGAUUCGCUUCUCUGUUGAAUCCCUAUCUUCGUUGUUGAAUUUUGAGGGAUUUUUUUCUGGAUUUUUUUUUUGGAUCUUUUGUGGUUGAUCUUGAGUUUGGUCAUCGUUGCGGCUUGGAUCUUGGUUUUGAGGUACGGGGAGCUGCUGAAGCAUUGUGAGGCAAAUGCGGGGCGUUUCACAGGGUUUGCUUACUGGAUUUUGAAGCUCUGAAUGAGAUCAGAGUCUUCCAGAGUUUAAGUGGUAAUUCUUGUUCAGAGUUUGUUGAAAAUGUCUUUAGAACAUGUUGAAGGGCCUGAAUUGUAUUUAGUUCAAGAUGAGAUAAGGGAGAGAAGAUCAGAUGUAGAAAACUCUGAAGAUGAGAGGAGGAGGACAAAAAUUGGGUCCCUCAAGAAGAAGGCAUUGAAUGCAUCCUCGAAAAUUACCCAUUCUCUGAAGAAGCGAGGUAAGAGGAAGAUUGAUUACCGGGUGUCAUCAGUGUCCAUUGAGGACAUACGAGAUGCAGAAGAGGAGCGGGCUGUUCAUGCAUUCCGGCAAGAGCUUAUUGCCAGAGACCUCCUGCCUGAGAAGCAUGAUGACUAUCACAUGUUACUAAGGUUUCUGAAAGCUAGGAAAUUUGACUUUGAGAAAGCAAGUGAAAUGUGGGCAGAGAUGCUUCGUUGGCGAAAAGAGUUUGGGACUGAUACCAUAUUGGAGGAUUUUGAAUAUGAAGAACUUGAGGAAGUUCUACAAAAUUAUCCCCAAUGUUAUCAUGGAGUUGACAAAGGUGGAAGACCUGUCUACAUUGAAAAAAUUGGAGCAAUUGACCAUAGCAGGCUUAUGCGCAUCACUACACUUGAACGUUAUAUGAAGUAUCAUGUGCAAGAGUUUGAGAGGGCCUUCCUUGAAAGAUUUCCUGCUUGUUCAAUUGCUGCUAAGAAGCACAUUGACUCCACAACCUCAAUUUUGGAUGCUCAUGGACUGGGAAUAAAGUCUCUCAACAAGACAAUUAUAGAUAUUGUUCGAGCUGUUCAAAAAAUGGAUGGUGAUUACUAUCCAGAGACACUCAAUGAAAUGUUCAUCAUUAAUGCUGGACAUUCUUUCAAACUAUUCUGGAACACUUUGAAAGGCUUUCUUGACCCUAAGACGGUUUCGAAAAUUCAUGUAAUCGGGAGCAAAUAUCAGAGCAGAUUACUAGAAGUCAUUGACGCAAGCCAACUACCAGAAUCCUUGGGUGGCUCAUGCACAUGCUCUGACCAGGGAGGAUGUUUUAGAUCCAACAAAGGGCCUUGGAAUGACCCUAUCAUUGUUAAGCUUGCGAGGAAUGCUGAUGCUACAUUUGUGAGGGAAAUAAGGCUGGUACCAGAUGGUGAACGGAAAAGUGAGUUAUACCCUAGGUUACGACCAUUAAAGGCAAAGGGAAGGUUUAGUGAUACAUCAACAGCUGAAUCAGGAUCGGAUGUUGAUGAUCUUGGUUCCCCUGUAUUAUCUAGGAUAGCAGAUUUCACUCGUUUGGCUCCAGUGCAUGAAGAAGUUAGGUCAAGGGAUACCACAGCUUACUAUAGUUGUGAUGACAAUUUUGUUGUGGUUGAUAAAACUAUAGACAAUGGUCGAGGAUCAGCUGCUUCUGUGAGUACAAGCAUAGGACUGAAAGAUAAGAGGCGCGCAUAUGUCAAUGGAACAUCUUGUUCUCCAGGCAAUUCAGUUUUAGACAGGUGUAUGACCACCAAAGCUGACGUGGAGGAAGGGUGUUUGCGAUAUCUUGCAAGGACACUUGUGGCAUUCUUGGUCAAAGUUCUGUCCUUCGUUCACAUUUUUGUUCAAAGACGUGAAAGGUUGGAAAAUGUCCAUCCUUCAGACACAUUAGUCCCUGCUGCAGAUGAACAACCAAUUGCAGAACCAGCUGCAGAUGCUGCCAAGGAAGACCCUGUAACUCCUUGCUUGGAGCGUCUUCAAAGGCUGGAGACCAUGCUCCAUGAACUUAACAAUAAGCCUGCUGAGAUUCCUGUGGAUAAAGAUCACAUGCUCCUUGAAUCUUGGGAAAGGAUAAAAUCAAUCGAGUGUGACCUCGAUAGGACAAAGAAAGUACUGCAUGCCACUGUCAUAAAGCAGGUGGAGAUUCAAGAUACAUUAGAAUCCGUGCAGGAGUCUAGUGCGAGGAAAAAGAAAUUUUGCUUAACAUAGACAAAGGGAGCUCCCUCUGAAGAUGGGAUGCCCAAGAAACUCCGGAGGCGGGGAUCUCGAUCGGCCACCUGCGAAGUCUAUCUCUUUCUGAAACUUUCUUCUGGCCAUGAGACAGAAUUCAACACAUUUUCUCUGAUCUUGCCAAAUCAGCAGAUUGCAGCUCCUUGAUGGAGGAUUUGUGCAAGGAAAAAAAGAGAAUGAAAAUGUAGACAAAGUAAAAAAGAAAAAAAA